AUGCCAAAAGCAAGCAGCAUAUUGUACUAUGCCCUGCAUAUCAACGAAUUACGGUCUAUGAUACAAUGGAAAGUCUGGCAUACACCUGUGCAUGAGAGAGACGAAGAGAAAGAGUCCGCCAACCUGAAAAGAUGCUUCCACUACCUCGACCUCACAAGUCGGAGCUUCUCAGCCGUGAUCAAAGAACUACACCCAGACCUGCUGGUACCAAUAUGUCUGUUCUACCUGGUGCUACGAGGCUUAGACACAGUCGAGGACGAUGUGUCAAUCGACAUCAAGGAGAAGGAGCCUCUAUUACGCAACUUCAAAGAUAAAUUGGAAAUCGACGGCUGGAACUACAGCGGCAACAGACCAGAAGAGAAAGACCGCGACCUGCUCGUCAACUUCCAAGUCGUGAUCGAAGAGUACAAAAAGCAGAAACCCGACUACCAAGAAGUAAUCAAGGACAUUUGCAACAAAAUGGGCAACGGCAUGGCCGACUACUGCCUAAACGCCGAAUUCAACAAAGAAGGCGUAAAAUCCACCGCCGACUACGACCUUUACUGUCACUACGUUGCCGGCCUCGUCGGCGAAGGCCUGACCCGCAUGUUCGUCACUAGUGGCUAUGGCAACCCGCGCCUGAUGGACCGCCCCAACCUACACAACAGCAUGGGCCUCUUCCUCCAGAAAACAAACAUCAUUCGUGACGUCCGAGAAGACCACGACGACGACCGCCACUUCUGGCCCAAAGAGAUCUGGAGUAAGCAUGUCGACGACUUCGCCGAUCUCUUCAAGCCUGAACACAAACAAGCCGCCCUUGCCUGCCAGUCCGAGAUGGUGCUGAAUGCACUCAACCAUGCCGACGAAUGCCUCUUCUACCUCGCCGGGCUGCGCGAGCAAUCCGUCUUCAACUUCUGUGCUAUUCCCCAAUCCAUGGCCAUCGCCACCUUGGAUCUGUGUUUCCAGAAUUACGCCAUGAUGGAGCGCAACAUCAAGAUCAGCAAAGGUCAAGCCUGCCAGAUUAUGAUCGAGUCCACACAGAAUCUGCAACUUGUGUGUGAGGUGUUCCGGAAACACGUACGCUCGAUCCGGAAGAAGAACAACCCACGGGAUCCGAACUUUCUCAAAAUCAGUAUUGCGUGCGGAAAGGUUGAGCAGUUCAUUGAGUCAAUAUUUCCUAAACAGACGCCUGAAAGCCUGGCGGCGGCGAAGGCGGAGGGCGACAAGGCCGUUGGGUUGGGCGAGUCGAACCAGAUGAGCACCAAGGAGACAUUUUUCUUGGUCCUUGCCAUAUUUGGUGUUUUGUUCUUCGUGUCUGCGAUGAUGAUAUUCAUGGCAUGGCUCGCAGGCGCACGCUUCGACAUGGUCUUCGACGGGCUCCGGGAAGGCUGGGCGGAGCUCAGUGUCAAGCUUGGCAUUAAUCCUCCUCCUCCAGCCCACGUGCGGGCUGCAAAGGCGAUCACAUCUUCAAUCGCAUCCGCAACGGCGUCGAUAAAGAAGGAGCUGUAG